CAUCCCCAGAAUACCCCGAAUAUCGCUGCAUACAACCAGAACUUUGCAUACUCGACUUCUGCACAACACAACGAAGAUGCCGCUCGUCGUUCCCGGAAUCACAAACAACUCGGGCGACCUAACCCAGGAAUGGAUGAACAAGCUUGUUGGGAAGACACUGUCAGAUGAGCCAACUUCGGAAACUUGCUUCUGCAAGAAAGACCUUCCUCAGCAGGCUCGCAUCAUUGAGCCCGGUAUGAUGGUGACCAAGGACUUCAACCCCGAUCGCCUCAACGUCCAUGUCAAAGAGGACGGGACAGUUUCGCACGUGUCUCACGGCUGAGAGUGACGGAGGGGCGGAUUCAAGUUUCAGAAGAGGGCGAUAAUGGUUGGAGCAGGCGGUGUAUAUCAUUUUCUUAAUGUAAUAAUACCAUAGCCUGGGGUCUGAAUUCCAUCUUUUCUCUAGGAAGCACUUUCUUAGCUGUUUGUGAUGCCUUUUUCCUCCCGCAGCCACAACUGAACCCUCAUCAUGCCACUUGUGAGGACCCCAGGAUGACGACACACUGUGGCUGGCGGGGCUCAAGUCCCAGGCCCAACUACCCCGCCAAAAGGCUUGGCAGUCAGGACCCCACCAUUGUUCCCCUCCGUCCAUUGAUCCCAACCAUCGCGGGGCAUCCAAGGACUGCAUCGCGAUUGUACUAUUUUCUUUCGAAUACACGGCAAGAUAGCCGUUAACCCAAUACUCCAGCGUAUAUCACAACCAGGAGGCUCACUGCCCCCGCCAAAGCCCAAAAUGUUUAAAAAGGA